UCCCGAAUUCCCCCUCCUCCAGUCCCGAAGCGCGCACCGCUCCCUUCUACCCUUCCCCCUUGCCCACCACGGUCUCGCUCGGAGCGGACCGCAUGUUGAUGGACAGGUUCUACAACCAACAGCGGCUUCGCAAAAGCGGUGGUAGCAGCUUGAGCUCAGGUCGUUCUGGCUCGCCCGUGGGACGGCACCAGCCGACCCGUCCUCCAACGGCCGCCAACAGCAUCUCGGCAGCCUCCACAUCGACGCUGCUCACCGCUAGUUCGUCGUCCGAACGUACCCGCAACUUUUCCACAGACAGCAGGCCGCGCACGCCGCCAUCGACGAGGCCAUCGAUGCAGUCAGGCGAACAAGACGAGUACCCCGAGGAUCAUCCGAGUCCGACCUCCGAUGAAGUGAACGAGGCCGUCUGGGCGGGAGGGUCCGAUUCAGACGACGGAUCGGACAGCGACCCGACGCCGGGUCAGAGUCUCCGGGCAGUAACACACGGUUCCAGCAAAUCAAAGAUCAAGUCGGGCAAAUCGUCCAUCUUCCAGUCCAUCUUCAACAAGUUUGCCAAAACCGGAAAGCGCUUCGGCUUCGUGCCAAAUACCAAGGAAGAACAAGACAGAAAUGGUCAGCAGGCAUCCUUCACCGUGGUCCACCGGUCCUUGAGCUCAAGACAACCAAGCCCUUCACCUCCGCAUGUAUCUUGCGCUUCCUGCAGGAUCUAGAGCGUCUAGACCAAGACCUAGAUUAUUGCUGACCAGGAAUCCGCAGUCCUCCAACACCAGAUCAUUGCCGAACUCUUCGACCACAGACUCCACUUGGCCCCAGUCGUCAAGGCCAGGGCCGCCCUCGACGUAGGCA